AUGAACCCAAAAGUGGAUCCGUGCGAUAACUUUUAUCAAUAUUCUUGUGGUAAUUGGAUUAAAAAUCAUCAGAUAAUCCCAAAACAGUUAACCAACGAUUUGUCAAAUAUUGAAGAACUUCAGUCUGAUCUCAUUAAUACAGUCACAAUGCGUUUAGAUAAAAGUUCUCUAAAAAGUGUACCUAAAUAUACUGAACCAUUAAUUAAGUUAUAUAAAGGUUGUACUAAUAUCGCAAUUAGAGACUCAUUCGAGAAAAGAGAUUUCAAUAUCAUUAGAGAUAUAUUAAAACAAGUGGGCGGUUGGCCAUUGAUUGAUGAGCACUGGGAUGAAAAACAGUUUAACAUCGAGUCGGCACUGAUUGAAUUGAAUAAAUUCAGUUUAUUUGAUGUUAUUAUCAGUGUUGAGGUUAACGCUGAUUUAAAUAAUAAUACAAAACACAUUGUUUGGUUACUAAAUCCAUUUAAACAAUCGUCACUCAACUACCAGGGAAUCUAUCGUAUGUCCAAAAAACAUGACAUAAAAGCUCCGAUGAGAGCUAACUAUACCGGUUCGUCGGAAAACCCGUACAAACAGAUGGCAGAACUACUCAAAGGAUCACCGAUUAGUUCCAUUGUCUUCCAGAAAGAUUGGGCAGAACUUCAAGAAAUGUAUACAAAAUUACAAUCAAUUGCUACAAAAAUCACUAGCAAUAAGAUAUAUCUCAUCAAAAUAUAUAACAAAUCCAAGAUUCUGGUCAAAGAUUUGCAGAAGUAUUCGGCAAUUGAUUACUUGAAUGUAAUUAAUGGUAUACUUGCAGCUGAUGGCCAUCAGAUCAAUAAGAAUAGCGUCGUUUUUGUCGACUCCGGAUAUUUAGAUAAUUUGGAUAUCAUUUUGAAAAGAUUUUCAAAACGCACAAUAGCCAACUUUAUUGGCAUGAAUUUGGUUAUAAUUUUAGCAAAAUUCACAACAAACAAAAUGAUGAGUUUGACAACCGGUCGUACAGUUGAUUCACUCAAUCAGAUAUGCUUUUCAUAUGUCUCUCAAGUGUUUCCCGAUCUGUUGGGUCGUUAUUAUUUGGACAAUGUUUUCGAUAUAUCAGUCAUUGAAGAUAUCAAAAAUUUCAUUAGAAGUAUAAAGAAAGCGUUUCAUCAAUUAUUAGUUGAAAAUCGUUGGUUGGAUGAGCCAACCAAAGCAUAUGCCAUCAAAAAAUUAUCGGCCAUCACGUCCUAUAUUAGCUUUCCUGACUAUAUCUUUAAUGUUAUACAACUUAUCCAAUAUCAUAAAGCGUUCAAUAAUAUCUCUGAGGACUCGUUUUUGUCAACAAUGAUAACAGCACUGAGAAACCAAAGAUCAGUCAACUCGAGGGCACUCAACAAUCAAGAGCCUAAAGGGGUAUUGAAUUUAGGCGCCAUAGGAGCUAUCAUAUCACACGAGUUGACUCAUGCAUUUGAUAAUCUCGGAAGUCUUUUUAAUGAAAAUGGAAAUCUUGACAAUUGGUUUAGCGAUCAAAGUAGACAAGCAUUCAAUGAUAGGACCAAAUGUUUUGUCGAUCAAUACAACAAAUUUAAGUAUAAUAUCACAAUCAAUGACAACACAACUAAUAUAAAUCAGUUGAAUGGUUUGCAAACAUUAGCCGAGAAUAUUGCCGACAACGGAGGCGUAAGAAUCGCUUAUAGAGCAUUUGAAUUGUAUAAAAAUGAGUACAUGGGUCAAUUGGAAAAGCUACCUGGCCAACUAGUUGGAUAUUCACUGGACAAACUAUUUUUCCUAUCAUACGCUAAUAUUUGGUGUUCAAAUAAAAGCUCACAGGCAUUGGCAAUACAGUUGGCAACAGACCGGCACAGUCCUGAAAACGUCCGAGUAAUCCAACCGUUGGCUAAUAUGUAUCAAUUUGCACAGGUAUUCAAAUGUAAACCUGGCUCUCGUAUGGCACCUAAAAAUAGAUGCGUUUUAUGGGGUUAA